AUGUCGUCUUCGAAUACUAAUGGUAACGGGGAAAAGAUUCAGUUGAAAAGAAAAAAGUCCAAACGGCCUCCUCCACCGAAAGUGCCACCGCCGAUGCAAUUCCAGGAGGAAGACGCGGACUUGAAUAUCGCAGGUGAACGCGAAGAAGCGCUGAACCCAUUCACGAGCGUGGAAAGGGUGGUCGUUUCUGAUGGUUCGAAAAAGAAGAAGGAACAACAACAACGAGUGAGAGGACAGUCGGACAAAAGUGUAUCGUUCGACCAAAAAGCACCAUCGUUUCAAAAGAGGAACCAAGACUUGGGCGGAGAGAACGACGUCAACGACGGGUAUUUGUUCGUGAGAUACGUAUCCAUGAAACCGAAGAUAACGAUUUGGAAAUCGCUGGGGUUCUUGUUUUUAGAGAUCGGGUUGGCGAUUGCGUUCAUAUCCGGGUACACGAUGAUGGGGAAAGGCGUACACGUGUAUGACUUUUUGAAUAAAGACGCGCACUACGACGCCGCGUGGUACAUCGGGGUGAGUUGUUUCGGAGUAUUUUUUCUUUUGUGGUUGCUCGACGCGGAUGUUAUUUUAAGGCACGAACGGAAAAAGAUGACGAAAUUGAAGGAGACGCACGAGGACGACAGCAGUGACGACGAGAGCGGUGAAGGACGAGUCGGGACGCGCGUCGCCGGCGACGCGGCGGGAAAGAAGAGUAAGAACAAAAACGAUGACGAAAACGAAAAGAGCGAGAAAUCACUCAACUCUUCAGGUUCUGGAAAGAUGUUACCGCAGGCGAGAGAGGUGAACGAGAACGAUUUGCUCGAUGCCAGCGAAGAUGUGAAGCAGGAUUAUAAAUUGAAAUCGAUGGCUUUGAACUUGGUCAUUUUGAUUUGUGGCGUUGGUUUGUUCUGCGCGGCAUUGUUAGCGUCUGGAAGGUACGUGACCGCACCGGUGGUUAUUUACGUGUUGGUGAAGAUUGGUUUCACCGCAGUGUACAAGAAGAGCUUUUGCAGAGGCAUUUCUACGCGUUCCUUCAUGGUUGCCGCAUCGAAGUGCUCGUUUUUGGCCGGUGCUUUGAUCAUCGGCGCUUGGUUCUUUUGGGUCUUCGCCAUGGAGAACAAUUGGGAUAAACACAAGUACACGUUUCCGAACCGUGUUUUCGAGUGCGAUACAACCGCCGCGGAUGGGACUGAUUCCGGAUGUGUCAGCGUGUACAUGAUGUGGAUGUUACCCGGGGCGACUGGGUUCCUCGAGUUUCUCUUCGGCGCGACGGCGAAUUUUCUCUCCCGACCAGGUGGUGCAGUAAGAAUGAUUGCGGUUUUAAUGAUGAUUUUUGGUCUGGGUACAUACAUUCAAGUGUCCAUUUCUGGUGUGGAAAUGGGCAUCGCGGACGAUAUCAUCCAGUUUGUCGUGCUGUUCGUCGGGAUGUUUCUCAUGCUCCUGUUCGCCGCCGCCGGGAGAAAGAAGAUUUCCAAAAUUAUCAGAGACACCGGCGUGGAGACGAAAGUGGCCGCGGCAACGAACCAUCCAAUCAUGAAAGGUUUCUUGUUAUGCGCGAUUGGCCCGGCGCUACCGGCCGCGUUGUUAAUCUCCGCCGUUUCAUCCGCCUGCAGGCGGAUCGGUCUCACGUUUCGACCGAAAGUAUUGGACCAGCAAAUUCCGGAAAACGAAAAAGAUGGUCUCAUCACGCACGAAUGCCGCGCGGUUUUGAAGUGGCUUUUCGAUUCGCCAACAACGACUAUCGUCUACGCCACCUGGAUUGCGCUUGCCUACUUCAUAAUCUCCAUCGGCGUAGGUAAAGGCGCGGUGAUUUUCCUGGCGUGGUUGGUUUCCUAUUUGAAAGCGCAAGAAGUUUGGAUGGUGUUUCUUGUGUUCUUUGGCAUUGGCGUCUUUAUGUUCUUGCUCCCGCCGAUCCCAGGUCCCCCGGUGUAUUUGACCGGUGGUAUCGUCAUCGUCGGUGCUUUGGAAGAGUCCAUGGGUUUCUGGCCGGGUGUUAUGAUUUGCGGCGCCAUGUGUUGGUUCGUCAAACUGUUUUCGUGCAUGUUGCAACAGAAAGCCAUCGGCGAGCCUCUCGGUAACCGCGUCGCGGUUAGAGCCAUGUGUGCGGUCAAUACCCCUCAAAUGCGUGCGAUCAAAGUCAUCUUGUUACAGAAAGGUUUACCUAUUGAUAAACUCGCGGUGUUGUGCGGCGGCCCGGAUUGGCCAACCUCGGUCUUGUGCGGCAUCAUCCGAGUCCCGUUACACGAAGCAAUGUUAGGUACUGCCCCGGUGAUUGUUUUAUACUUGAUGUACGUCGUCGUUUCUGGCGCUGUUCAGUUGAAAAUCGGCGGGUGCGAAGCAGCGACGACGGUUUCCACCAUACUCGCCGAAGACGACACUUCGAAAAACUACUGGCAACUCUUGAACGCCGUCAUGCUCGCGCUCUCCGCCGUGAGCAUGGGCGUCACCAUGUUCAUGUUCGCCUAUUUCAUGGAUAAAGCUUUAAUUAGUCGAAAAGAUGAAAUCGACGCCGUCCCAAUCGACGUCGAAGUCGAAGAGUACGAGAAAACGCAAGAGGAAUUGAAAGUAGCGUACAAAAAAGUCUCCGAGUGGGAGGUAUUGCCGAAAGGCCAACGCGCGUUGUUAUGUCUCGCGUGUAUAUUUUCCGUCGGUAGCGCCCAAGUAGCGACCGUUUUAUCCACGGAAUGCUUUAAAGAGUUUGGCGUGGCGUGCGAAGUAGCCGUGAUGGAUGUCGUCACUUUGUUUGGUUGGAUCGUUUUGGGUGUGCACGCGGUUGGUUUUACUUUGAUGAUCGCGUAUGGGAAGGUUCAAAAGAGAGCGGCGGCGCGGUACCUCGAGAGCGGGUUGAGUAAAGAGAGCGCUUAG